CGGUUUUUACAUUGAACACGAAGGAAGUUCAUCAUGGGUAGAAAAGCGAAGUUCGUGGUGUUGAGCUGAUCCGUGGCUGCAUUCGGUUUUCCUCGGCUAUCCUCUGCUCACGAGGGCUCUGUCCGUGUCUCCUGUCACUUCCAUGUGAUCCCCAGAUUUUCCCACCGCCCCAUAUCCUCCGACGUCACUACCCUUAAAAACCGACCCGCUCCUUGCAUCUCCUAAUCCCCCUCCCCCCCUCUGAAUAUCUUCACACCUCGGUGGAAAAAGACCAAAGAUGCUCCGUUCCACAAUAUCGAGAUCCCUCUGCCAGCCGCUCUGUAGGCAAUUCACCGUUUCGGCUGCGGUGGGCGAGCACAGUGUAAAUAGGUUAGGGGUUGUUGGUGCCGGACAGAUGGUAGGUCGGAUAUUUCAAUGUGGUAUGCCUAAAAGGGGAGGGGGGGGGUGAAAAACCGUUAACUUUGGGGGUUCUAGGGACUCGGAAUUGCUCUCGUAGCAGCUCAGGACGCUCGAGUUCCGGUAACAUUAGUGGAUAACUCGCAGGAAUCCAUCAAUAAGGCUAUAACGUUCAUGGGUUAGUCGUUAUAUUGCUGGUAGUGUUUCGUUUGUUAAGGCUGACACUGGUGACAGAAACCUUGCUACAGAAGAGUGUUGACAAGGGCCGUUUGGCCAGUGAUGAUGCACAAAAGAUCAAGGAUCGCGUCUCCACGUCUACGCAGCUCUCAUCUCUCUCAGAGCAUGAUUUUGUUAUCGAAGCUGUACCUGUGCGAGCAUCUCCCUAACCCACAUGUGUGACUUGAAUUAACACAAGAUAGGAAAUACCCUCACUGAAAACAAAAAUAUUCUCGGAUCUAGCAGAGAUUGCACCUUCAAACGCAAUCCUCGCGACAAACACCUCAAGUAUCAGCAUAACCAAAAUCGCAGCAGCAGCAAAGGGGGCCGAGCACCGGGUCUUAAGCACACACUUCAUGAACCCGGUACCUAUACAGAAAGGUGUUGAAAUCAUCACCGGUUUACAAACCUCUCCAGAAACCCUCACUCGUGCCCUCAGCUUUGUGAAGUCUAUGGGGAAGAUCCCAAGCACGAGCAAAGACUCUCCGGGAUUCCUGGCGAACCGUAUACUGAUGCCGUAUAUCAAUGAGGCUGUGAUUUGCCUCGAGACGGGGAUAGGCGGAAGAGAGGACAUUGACAAUAUCAUGAAGAAUGGGACAAAUGUCCCCAUGGGGCCGCUGCAGUUGGCCGACUUUAUCGGGCUAGACACUUGUCUAGCCAUCAUGAAAGUCUUGCACGAGGAUACGGCUGAUUCAAAGUACCGUCCCGCGGUGCUGCUGCAGAAGAUGGUUGAUGCGGGGUGGUUAGGGAAGAAAACCGGGAAGGGCUUUUACGACUACACAUGAAAUGCGGCACUAAGUAGUUGCUAAGCUUCUCCCGUUGGUAAUAAUGAUCAGCUGCAUAUCAGCGAGACGUGCUAUCCUAACCCCCGGUGCAAAUAAUCGGCAUACGGCGCACUUCCGCACCACCCCGAUGUGAUGCUCGAACGACCGUGCAUGGGACAAGUGGCGCCUGGGAGCCCACAGACGGCAUCACGCCGGUAAGGGUGAGGUAGGCCCACCGAAUACCUUGACCAGCAUUCCUUAUCACAAUCCUUAGGUUUUCCAUACAUAUUGCUCUUGGCUGUGCUCGAGUACGAGGCCGAGUACGAGUACGGUACAGUACACUACAGUACCUCAUUGCUUCUACCGGUAUUAUAUUUAAACCCUAGAUACCGAACAGUAAAGGCUGUAUCGAUGGCGUUGUUUAGAGAUGCUGUGGGAUUCCUAUCGGUGUUUUCCCCACCGUAGCGUGUAUACUUGUACCAGUAACCACCCUCAGGCUACGAAUAAUUCACUAUCAUAUUACGUAGAAAUUCGGAUCGCUUCCGGGUACCCAUACAGUACCAUAAACCCCCCAUUCCCCAACAAGUUAGGCGGUCAAGAUCACAACCAUUAAAGUUUCAACCCUACUGUACUCGAGUACUUGUAACUCUGGCCUGAUGAUCGAUCCCAAAGCGAUCAUACAGUCUGCCACCCUACUCCUCUCGUCCGUUCUCCAGGGCAUUUCGAGCGCUGCUACGGGUCCAACCGAUACGAUCGCAUCAUGGGCAAAGCACGUGACCUCUGUGUGACUCCUAUCGCAGCGGGCGAGUAUGUCCCCCCCCAUAAGAACCUCGACAUACACCCCCCCAGCUUUCUUUUCCUUUU